AUGGGCACCACGACUAGGGCCUGGAUGAGGACCAACACCCCCACACACGGUUGUCACAGCCGGCAGCUGGCCUCCACCGAGUGGCUGACCAUCCAGGGGGGGCUGCUGGGCUCCGCGCUCUUCGUCUGCUCCCUCACUGCCUUCAACAACCUGGAGAACCUCGUCUUUGGGAAGGGCUUCCAGGCCAAGAUAUUCCCUGAGAUCCUCACCUGCCUCUUGCUGGCUCUCUUUGCCUCUGGCCUCAUUCACCGAGUCUGUGUGACCACCUGCCUCAUCUUCUCCAUGGUUGGCCUCUACUACAUCAACAAGAUCUCCUCCACCCUCUACCAGUCCGCAGCUCCCGUCACUGCUCCCGCCAAGGCUGUCGGCAAAGGCAGGAAAAGGAAUUGA